GAUGGUAAGGUAAAGGGUGGCCUGCACUGAAUGUUUGUGUAUAGAGACACGGGAGCGUGCGGCGCCGAUUGGGGGAAGGGCACGCCGCUGUGUCGGUGAGAAGACGCUGAUUGGGCUGUGUUAAUCGUUUCUCGGACAGACAGCGCGAGCUGUUCCAGUUUUUAGUAGAAGUACAACCCCAAGGGUUGCAAGGGUUGUUCAGUAGAUUGGCACGUAGAACGAUUUUUUUAAUCAUAAAAUUAGAAAUAUUUAUUUGUUUUUAUAUUAUUCCUAGACAGUACCAUGCAGCACCCCCUCCCCUUCAGAAACUUUCCACUACUUCAGGUUUGCAGCAGCACUAUACUGGCUUUCUUGUCUGUCUAGGCCAUCAGGAAGGGGCCGUAGACGGAGGGAGGGGGCGAAUGAGAGGUCUGGAAUGACCGCGUAUAAGGUGAUUGUUGAGCAGGAUGGAUCAAUCCUGUAAGCCACCCCGAAAAAGUUGUUUGCCACCACUUUCCAGCUCAUUGGAUCCUGAAACGCCUAAAAGCAGUGGUGCUUCUUAUGGGAACAGCCCCCAAUUUUAUUCUGAAUCUGGUUGUAAACGGACUGUUCAGCAGUCAUCCUUUCCAUGUGGUGUUCCAAAAAAGUUCUGUGGUCAAGAUCCUUCUUCUUGUUACAUUCCACUUCGUAGACUGCAAGAUUUAGCCUCCAUGAUUAAACGUUUGGAUGUAAAUGGUGCAACAGAGGGGAGUGAACCCCACACACAGCAAACUGUGUCAAGUUCUUCAGACUGCAGGCCUUCUCAGGUUAGUGAUUCUUUGGAAAUGGAUAAGCCUGUAUCACGCUCUAGCAGCAGUUCUGAGACCAGGCUUCGAAGCUCUCCAGAACUGAGGAUAAAAAUCAUAAAGACUGUUCAGAAUGGGAAAUUGCUGUUCGAGUCUUCCAUAUGUGGGGAAAAUUCAAGAGAGAGCACUGAUAAGGGUGACCCACAAUCCAGUACUGUAAAGCAAACUGAUGCAAAGCACUGUGUUCAAAAAACAAGGAAAAAGGUAGAGUCAUAUGGACAUGUCAGCUGCAGUCCAAGUACUGAAAAGAGUGUUCUAUCUCAAAGUCCAGAAAGUGGACAAAAAAAGGGCAAAACCAGUAGUGUUGAUAAUUGUACAGUUACCGAAUGUGUGCCAUCAUCCACCAGCUUAUUAGAUGUCACAGUAGACUGCAAAGCUGAGCAGAAUUCCAGCAUGGCAAAUGCAAAUAUAACUGCUGGACUGCAGCAGUCCCCAUUUACAGAAGAUGGCAGUUUUGAAUGUAAAUCUGAUAUGGAUCUUCUUGAUAAAAUAAACUUUCAUUGCAAAGCACUGGAAGAUCAAGUAGAGCUACAGAAGACCUCUACAGCUUCAUCUGAAUGCAAAACUAGAAAAAGGAGGCCGUUUCCAGUAGCAUAUGAAGUAGGAGACAUAGUGUGGGCGAAGUUGAACAGACACCCGUGGUGGCCUUGUAGAAUCUGCAGAGAUCCACUGUUAAGUAUUCAUUUCAGAUUACAAGAUCCAAGCAGGAGGCCGUGCCGACAGUGGUGUGUGCAGACACUGGGGAAAGUUUCUGAGCAGGCUUGGGUAGCUGCAAGGGCAGUUGUGCCAUUUGAAGGAAGACAUCAAUUUGAAGGGUUGCCAGUCCUGCGGAGAAGAGGCAAACAAAGGGACAAGAACUACAAGCACAAGGUUCACAGGAGAUUUUUGACAGCCUGGGAAGCAAGUGUUUUGAAAGCUGAAGAAGCCCUGCCUAAAACAUCAGAAGGAAAUUGGUGCUGUAGUGAAUCCUGCGACUCCAGUGCGGUAGACGGAAGUAUGAACACCACCACAUGUGAACCAACAGAUAAAAGCCAGAAAGUGCAACAUAACGGCUGCUUAAAGGCUUCAGACUGUGUACUUAACCACCAGACUCUUAAAGCAAAAGUGUCCACGCAGUCUGGUACAAGAGUAAACUGUACUACAAACCGAAAGAAGCGAAUAAGAGUAAGAAAGAGGAUUAGAAAAUUGAAGUUAAAAAGACACCGAGAUGAUCACGUGGUAGUCAGAAAAUCUUUGUCUGUAGCAUUGUCUAGAAGUGAAACAUUAGGCAUCAGCAGAGUUCCUUCUGUUGUAGUAAAAGGUGACAAUUCAUUAAGUGAUCCUGUAGGUCUUCCUGAGGAGUCGGACAGAGUAGUGGAAAAGAAAAGUGAUGUAAAGAAUAGCUUACCCAUUCAAGCAGUCUGUGUUACUUCUGCAGUUUCUGGUAGAGGAGCAGGAAAAAUAAUAAUAACUCCUUAUGGAUCUAAAGGACAAGUUAAUGGUUCUGUGAACAGUGUAGGUAUAAAGACCAUGCAGGUAGAGUCUUCUGGGCUUCUGCGCAUUCCUGAAAACUUCAUGACCCUUAAAAUUUGCAGAAUGGAGGAGAAGAAUGGUAUUUCAUUUCUUGGAAACAGAAGCAGCAGCCUGAGUCCUAAGAAAGGAGAUGCAAAGUCGCCUAGUAAUGCCUUGGUAACAGAUGUGGAUAAGGAUGUAGGAUGCUCGUCAUUGGCCAACCUCAGUAAUAAACAGCAUCUUGAAGAUAAUCCGCAAGCCAGACUCAAUAAAGCCAGCAACCAUGAGGUGCCCCUAACAGGCCCAGUGGAAGACCAGCAAAACCCAAGACUAAAUAGUGUUUCAUUUGAAGAAGGCCCCACAUUAAAAAACCUUUCUAUUACCUUAGAGGAUAUAUCCAGUUCAAGUAGUGAAGGUAUGCGCACUAAACUCUGGAAUAGUAGUGAUACAGACUUCAGCUUCGAUAAAGAUGACCAGACAUUUGCAUCAUGUAGUAGUAUGUCUGGUGACUCUCACCAAGAGUCUGAAACCAUAAGCAGGCAGCCUGGUAAUAGAAACAGCUUAGCUAAAGUGUCAGUAGUUCAUUCUUCUGCUCUGAAUGUAAAUGGUGAUACAGAAGAACCUUCUGUUAAACUCAAGGAUUUUCCUGCUUCUGUAGAUUGUUCGCCUAAAGAUGUGGGCACUUGUCAGCAGAAAACUUUAAGCAGCACUUCCAGGGAUUCCACAGAUUCUUUUGGAGUAGAACUUGCCUUAGUUAAACCAAAUGUUCUGGAACAUAAAGAGUCAAGUAAUGAAGGGGAUAAUUGUGGCCUGGAUAGCCAAGAACUGCCCAAUUUUUCUUCCAUAUCACUUCCAAAGGAUAUGCACAUUGAACCAGACUACAAAUUUAGUACUUUGCUGAUGCUUUUGAAAGAUAUGCAUGACAAUAAGGUAAAGGAACUGCAGCAGGCUGCAGUAAGUCCAAAUUAUGUCCCAGUCAAAAAUGCUGGGAUGCUAAAUUGUUCAGAGGAUGGGGACUUGGGGGAGCUGCAUAGAGAUGUACAUGGGUCAGUGAAGAGUAGCGGAAGUAGCAUGGGGGGAUCGCCUUCUAGCCACAGCACAGAUGAAACACCUGGUGCAUGUUUGAAAUCUUCUGGAAUCUGGCAAGAGGGUGAGGAGGAAGAAGAAACUAUGGAGACUGCAUCCUCGGCAGCAAGCACUGGAUAUGGCAGUGAUGGUUACAGUGAGGAAUCCUUACAGUCAGUAAAGAAAAUGGCAACAGAAUCACCUUUGGCAUGCAAUCUGAGUAGCAGUGAGAGCAGUGAACAUCAAGAAAAAGACGUACUAAGUUGUGAAAACUGUGGUAAUAGCUGGGAAGACUGCAUAUGCUUGAGUGGUCCAACAGAGAUUGUCCUUGACAGUCAACCCACAGACACUGCAUCAGAAAUGCCUUCUGCUUUGACAAACCAUGAUACUAUUAAAAUGGUACCCAAGACAUUGAUGGAGGACAGACAGUUACGAGAGGUAAUGGACAGACCACAGAAGGACAGAUGUUUACAAGAUAAUUUGAAUGAGAAUGUAGCAAGUGCUGAGUCAAGAUUUGAAUGCUUGGAUAAUGAAAAGCAGCAUUUACCUGAAAGUGCUAAUAAUGUGAAGGAGAAUUUAGUCUUAUUCAUGAAUAAUGCACAGGAUAAGGGGAAAUGCAGGGAUGGUGAAAGGAAUCCGUGUGUUGAGGUUACAGAUGUGAUCAUGGAACAGAGUGUUGACUUGAGUAGUGAAAGCUCCUUGGAUAGUCAUUUUGAUGAUUUAAGUCAUCAUAUAGCACCCAAAAAAAGAUGGAAGCGUUUAAACCAGAAUUAUUCGAAAGUUAAACUUUCCAGCAGCUGUAUGGAAGAUGACCACAUAGUUUCUAGUGAAGACCGCAUUGCAUCAGGCGAGUCAAGUCAACGUUUAUUAGCAGAAAACAGCAGUGCUGUAGAACAUAAGCUGUCAAGCCAAGCAAAACUUCUUGAAUACUGUCAGGAGACUAAAUGUGUGGAGGUUACAACUGAAUUAGACCAGCAGCCAGAUUUCUGUGUAAAUACUUCUGAAAUGCAGAACCCUUUGGAAAUGAGCCCACAUGCUUCAGAUUUGGAUCAACAACUUGGCUUGCAGGUAUAUUCUGAAAACAAACGCCUCCGAAAACCUACCAAAAGGUUACUGGAAUGCACAGAAAAACUUGAUGUAAUCCUUACGCCUGUGAAACGACAUCGAAAUCGGUCUCACAAGAUGGACCAUUCUACCAAGCAUGAACAUAAGGCUACAGAUGUGUCAUCACAAAAAAAGCUUGACAGUGUUGCCAGUGUGGACCAGGAUUCUGAUGCAUUGGAUACCUCGAGUCAACAAGCUGCUUCCCAGGAUUCACCUGUUUUGUCACCCGAAGAUUCAGACCAUUUUUCCACAUUGCCAGAUAUGCCUUUGGAAGAUUCUCCACCAGUCACUGCCCAAUCCUCUGUACCUUUAUCACCAUCCAAGGAACCUUCCACCCCUACAUCAGUGGACGAACGUCUUACAAACUUUGGAGUGGUCACCGAAGGGAAACGCCUGAGAAAACCGACCAAAAAGCUGCUUGAGUGUACUGAUUUGGACCCAUUAUAUGUGCCAAAGAAGAGGGUGAGAAAUGACUCUGAGCGUUCAAGGAGAUCAGUUCCAGGACAGACAUCUGAAAGCAUCAAGUCAGAAUCGCCUCCAGAGUCACCGUCUUCAAAAAUAAGUCCAGCUGCUAAAAGGUUUCGCGAGAAACAGAGGAGCUGCAAAAAACCUAUGGCAACCUCCACUCCAGUACCCAAACAGAAAAUUAAAAGUGAACGGACAGUUGGAGAUGCUUCGGAUAAUGAGGUGUUUGCAAAUGGACUUGAUGACAGUCAUAAAGAGAACCAUGAGGAUGGUUCUGAUCAUGAACAGUCUGUGCAUUCCAUGAAAAAGUCUCAGCCGGAGCGGGGAGGUGGAGCAGCUAUGAAGGAGAAUGUCUGUCAGAUUUGUGAGAGUCCAGGAGAGUUGCUUCUCUGUGAGAGUCAGUGCUGUGGAGCUUUUCACUUGAAGUGCCUCGGAUUAUCGCAGAUGCCAGAGGGGAAGUUCAUUUGCAAAGAAUGUUCUACAGGUAUCCAUACUUGCUUUGUUUGCAAAAAGAAUGAUUCUGAUGUGAAACGUUGCCAGCUUCCACUGUGUGGAAAGUACUAUCACGAAGAAUGUGUGCUUAAGUACCCCCCUACAGUGGCACAGUACAGAGGAUUUAGAUGUUCCCUUCACAUCUGUUUGUCAUGUCAUAUUGCUAAUCCAACAAAUGUUUCUGCUUCAAAGGGUCGUUUGAUGCGUUGCGUACGAUGCCCUGUUGCAUACCAUGCCAAUGAUUUCUGCAUGGCUGCAGGAACUGUUAUACUUGCUUCAAACAGUAUCAUCUGCCCCAAUCAUUUUUCUGCAAGAAAGCGGUGCAAAAACCAUGAGCAUGUCAAUGUCAGCUGGUGCUUUGUUUGUUCUGAAGGGGGCAGCCUUCUCUGCUGUGAGUCAUGUCCUGCAUCAUUCCAUCGUGACUGCUUGAACAUUGAUAUGCCCAAAGGAAGCUGGUUCUGCAAUGACUGCAAACUGGGCAAGAAGCCACACUACAAAGAGAUUGUGUGGGUGAAGGUUGGGCGUUACAGGUGGUGGCCAGCAGAGAUUGCUCACCCUAAAACCAUCCCUGCCAACAUCCUGAAAAUGAAGCACGAUAUUGGUGAGUUCCCUGUCCAUUUCUUUGGCUCCAAAGAUUACCUGUGGACGCACCAAGCUCGUGUGUUUCCAUAUAUGGAGGGGGAUGUCAGCGGCAAGGACAAGAUAGGAAAAGUUGAAGGCAUCUACAAGAAAGCCUUGCAGGAGGCAGCUGCCCGAUUUAAAGACCUGAAGGCUUUGAAGGAGGUGCGGCAGUUGCAGGAAAGCAAAAAGAAUGACAAGAGACCGGUACCUUAUAAACAUAUCAAGGUAAAUAAACCAUUUGGGAAAGUGCAGAUCUAUACAGCAGACCUAGCUGAGAUUCCACGUUGCAACUGUAAGGUUACAGAUGAAAACCCUUGUGGGCCAGACUCUGAAUGCAUUAAUCGCAUGCUGAUGUACGAGUGUCAUCCUGCUGUUUGCCCUGCUGGUGAGAAAUGUCAAAAUCAGUGCUUCACUAAGCGGCAGUAUCCGGAAGUGGAGAUCUUUCGGACAGAGGAUCGGGGAUGGGGACUACGUACAAAGGUUGACAUCAAGAAGGGUGAGUUUGUCAAUGAAUAUGUUGGUGAAAUGAUUGAUGAAGAGGAGUGCCGGGCCAGAAUCAAGUAUGCCCAAGAUCAUGAUAUAUCAAACUUCUAUAUGCUCACUUUAGAUAAGGAUCGAGUAAUUGAUGCUGGUCCAAAGGGUAAUCAUGCACGUUUCAUGAAUCACAGCUGCCAGCCGAACUGUGAAACGCAGAAGUGGACUGUUAAUGGAGAUACACGUAUUGGUUUGUUUUCAUUGUGUGAGAUAUCAGCUGGGACUGAGCUGACUUUUAACUACAACCUGGAAUGCUUGGGCAAUGGGAGGACAGUCUGCCAGUGUGGAUCUCCCAACUGCAGUGGUUUUUUGGGUGUCCGUCCAAAGAACCAGCCUCCAGAUGAAAAACUGAGGAAACUGAAGAAGAAGCCCCCAUUGAAGAGGAAAUCUCAAGUGGAGGUGACAAAAGAGAGGGAGGAUGAAUGUUUCAGUUGUGGGGAUGGAGGGCAACUGGUUUCUUGCAAGAGGCCUCGAUGCCCAAAGGUUUACCAUGCAGACUGCCUUAACUUAACCAGGAGACCUGCAGGAAAAUGGGAAUGCCCAUGGCACCAGUGUGAUAGUUGUGGAAAAGAAGCUGCUUCUUUUUGUGAGAUGUGUCCAAGUUCCUUCUGUGAAGAGCAUCGUGAUGGUAUGUUGUUCAUCUCCAAGCUGGAUGGCCGCUUGUCCUGCAAUGAGCAUGAUCCCUGUGGUCCUGACCCGUUGGAGCCAGGGGAGAUCAGAGAAUACAAGCCUCCACCUAAACGUGAAGCAUCAGACGAGAAGGCAUCUGCAGCCAAUGAUAAAUCCCUUUCUAAAAAAACGGCCAGCCCUGAAACAGAAAAGUGAUGUACUGUCCGAGAAGCUGGAGGAUAACUUUGAUCGAGCAUAUGUAUUCAUUGAGGGUGGUUGGGGCAGGCAGAAGUGUUUGGGAGCUCAAAAGAAACACCUGUAACUUUUCCUUUUGAGGUGCCUAGUGAGUUGCAGUGAAGUGGAUGAGCUGGUCGAAAUUCCAGAUCAACAUGAAAGGUGUUGUGAAUCAAAACACAGUGCUGCUGAAGAAUUUCCCAACCAGCUGUAACUGAUGAAUGCAGCAAGCUAAUGUGGAGACCUGUUAGGUGACAUAUCAGCCUUUGCAUCCUUUUGUUCUGCCCCUUUCCAUCCUCUGUAUCUCUUAUCCCUGAAAGAACAGUACAAACUCCAGGAAACAGGAUGAUGGAGAAUACUUGGUGCUUUCUAUUUCAGAUCCAUUGUUUAACAUCAUUGUUCCUUUUUAACAGCCAGUCACUUUUAGACUGCUGCAUGUGCUUUGUACCAGGGAAAUCAUGAUUCCCAAGAGUGCUGUCACUUAAUGCGCACUUCACAAGUACUUUGAGUGUUUCCUGCUCUGAUAGUAAAGCUACAGUUUGAAGUGCAUCUCAAGUACCCAGCUCCUUGAUAGUGACGACUCAGUUUAAUUAAAGAAUACAAUUUCUAGUUGCUCAUUGGUGGUGGUGUUUUGCGUCUUGAUGAUGAUAUACUGUCUUCAAGAAAAUCAUCCUAAUCAUCGAUUCACCCCGUAUUAAUACCUGAAUCAUGUGUAUGUCAUGUCCUGCUAUACCUGCACCCCAGCGUGCAUGACUGCUCACUGAAUAGCCAGUGGCUAUUAAACUGAUGCUAUUGGUUCUUACAGAUGGAGCUGUGAACCUAGUUAUUUAAAGCUUAUACUGAAAUCUCUACUUCAUACCUGGUUCAGCUAUGAUGCUCAUGCUGUAAAACAGCCUUAGUGCAAGGUGCAUAAAAGAUUGACCACAUUUGCUGUCUCAAAGACAUUGGUGGGGGGAAGAGACAUGCAGAACCACUGAGAAUGAUCUCACAUUCGUAGAGUAAUCAAAAGAAAAGCCUUGAGAUUUACAAGUAAAUGAUCAUAGUUUUGACACUGUAAAGUACUGCACUAAAUAGUUCCGAAGAGACUCUGCACAUGUAUCCCCCCCAGUCUUUUGAAAAGUUUUAUGUAUGCAUCCAUUUACCAAGAGGAUGCACUUUAGCAGAAGACGUUGCACUGCUCUGUUACAUUGCUUGUGAGGGAAGGAUUAAAGAUUACAUUUACAUUAUAUAGAAAGAAAGUAAAACUAACACCAAAGUCCGAAAAAUAUAUAUGUAAAGAUAAUCUAUAUAUAUAUAUAUAAAUAUAAAAAAGAGAGAAUGUGUGUGUGUGUGUGUGUGUGUGUGUGUGUGUGUGUGUGUGUGUGUAAGGACGAGAGGAAAGAAGUUGAAAAAAACUGUGCAAAGAGCAAAUUAUCUCUUGCCUAAUCAUGGAUGGCAUUAUUUGGAGUGAGUCAGAGUUUUCAGCUAAGUCACAAAAUUCUUGGAGUGCACAAACCUGUGAAUCCGUACCACUUCAGUGCUUUUAUUUGUGUAUACAUACAAAUGUUAGCAUGUUUUUAAGCACUUGUCCUUAAAAUGUUUUGUUUACUGUCCAAAAACCUUGGAGUCUAAAACUUGAAUUAGCAAUGUAGCAGUGUUUUUGCUAGAAACAAAAUUUAUUACAGGAGAAAGUGAUGUCUUUUAAA